UUUUUUCCCCCCGUCAAGUCGGCCGUUUUUUUUUACUCUCGUAGCUUACAAAUGGUAGUGGCUUGUAAGUAUAAAACUGGUAAAAUAUUGGGAGCAGGCACUUAUACUGUGGUAAAAGAAGCUCAAUAUAUUAAAACAAAACAAUAUUUUGCAGUCAAAAUAAUUAACAAAAAGACUAUGGAAGGUAGAUGGGAUAUGAUCGUGAACGAAUUAAAUAUUUUAAAGAAUAUUUCACAAGGUCAUAGAUACAUUCUAACAUUGGUUGAUUACUUUGAGUCUAUAAAUAAUUUUUAUAUAGUCACAGAUAGGGCUCUUGGUGGGGAUCUCAAUAGUCGUAUUUGUCAAAAAGGUAGUUAUUUCGAACGUAACGCAAUUAAUAUUGUUAGAAAUAUAAUUGAAGCUGUUAAAUACUUACAUGAUAAAGAAAUUGUUCAUAGAAAUCUUAAGCCAGAAAAUAUUAUUUUUAGAACCCAAGAUGAUGAAUCUGAUAUUCUUAUUUGUGGAUUUCAUUUAUCUCGAAUUAUUGAUUCGGAUAUUCUUAACACAAUAUGUGGUGCACCUGGUUAUAUGGCGCCCGAAAUUUUCGGAAAUUCUGGAUAUAGUAAACCUAUAGAUUUAUGGUCUAUUGGUGUAAUCACAUACUUUAUAUUAUGUGGUUUUGAACCAUUUGGUAAUGAAGGUACAUAUGAAGAGAUUCAUGAUGUUCUUCGAGCAAAUUAUAAUUUUAAUGAAAAAUCUUGGAAGAAAGUUAGUGAUACUGCCAAAGAUUUUAUAAACAAAUUAUUAGUCAUCGAUCCUGAUAGUCGUCUUAACGCUUAUCAAGCUUUAGCUCAUCCAUGGCUAACUGCUAGUUCAAAUUUCAAUUCUCGUAAAGGAGCUAUUGAAACAGGUUAAGUCGAUACUUUAAAAAGUAUUAUUUAUUUAAACAUUAUUCGAAAUUCGAAAAUAUGAAAAAAUUAAUAAUAUAGAAUAAUUUAUUAUUGAUAUUUAACCUUAAACUUUUUUGGUAAUAUUAAUAGUCUUCAUGUGGUUCUUUAUUAUAUAUAAUAUAUUAGUAUCCAUGUUGCAUAAAUUCAUUUAAAAAUAAAAAAAAAA